GUGUUGUGUCCCAUACACAGUACUGUGAUGGUUCUUCCCCCUCAGUAAAAGUAGAAGAACCGGCAUCGAUGGAGAUGGACAACAGCCUAGCUGACAAAGAGGAGAGCUGCUACGACAACGCUGAGGCCGCGUUCAGCGAUGACGAUGAAGAACUCAACAACAAAACCACUGAUAAUGGAAAGAAACGGGACUUCAGGUUUCACCCCAUCAAAGAGACGAUCGUUGAGGAGCCGGCGGACAUCACGCCGUAUCUGGAGCAGCUGGAAGAGCCGCUGAGAGAGAAAGUUGUUUCUUUGCAGAAGGAAAGUGAUAUGGAGUCGCAGUGCGAGUUGAUGCAAGAUAUAGUGGAGCAGAUCCUGGAGGAUGAAUUUGAUUCAGAACAGUUGUCCAUUUUGGCUUCCUGUCUCCAUGAGUUGUUCAAGCACCAUUUCCGGGGAGAGGUCCUACCAGAGGAGAUCACAGAUGAGUCUCUGGAGGAGACGGUCGGGAAACCCCUCUACCUGAUAUUUAGAAACCUGAUCCAGAUGCAAGAAGAUAGCAAUGGCUUCUCCCUUCUUCUAGACUUGCUGUCUGAACUCUAUCAGAAACAGCCCAAGAUUGGCUAUCACCUGCUGUACUACUUAAAGGCCAGCAAAGCCGCGGCCGGGAAGAUGAACUUAUACGAGUCGUUUGCUCAGGCCACCCAACUCGGGGAUCUGCACACCUGCCUGAUGAUGGACAUGAAGGCCUGCCAGGAGGACGACGUGCGCCUGCUGUGUUACCUGACCCCCUCCAUAUACAGCGAGUUUCCAGACGAAACGCUGCGGAGCGGAGAGCUCCUGAACAUGAUUGUGGCCGUCAUUGACUCCGCCCAGCUGCAGGAACUGGUGUGUCACGUCAUGAUGGGGAACCUGGUGAUGUUUCGGAAGGACUCUGUGCUCAACAUUCUAAUUCAGAGUUUGGAGUGGGAGACCUUCGAGCAGUACUGUACGUGGCAACUCUUCCUGGCCCACAACGUCCCAUUGGAGACCAUCAUCCCCAUCCUGCAACAUCUCAAGUACAAAGAACACCCUGAAGCUCUGUCCUGCCUCCUCCUGCAGCUCCGCAGGGAAAAGCCGACCGAGGAGAUGGUGAAGAUGGUGCUGAGCCGCCCGUGCCACCCCGACGACCAGUUCACCACCAGCAUCCUGCGCCACUGGUGCUUGAAACACGACGACCCGCUGGCGGAACACAUCAAGUCUCUACUCAUCAAGAACAACAGCCUGCCCCGCAAACGGCAGAGCCUGCGCAGUUCCAGCAGUAAGUUGGCGCAGUUGACGUUGGAGCAAAUCCUGGAGCAUCUGGAUAACCUGAGAUUGAACCUGUCCAAUACCAAACAGAAUUUUUUCAGCCAGACGCCGAUCCUGCAAGCUCUUCAGCACGUCCAGGCCAGCUGUGAUGAGGCGCAUAAGAUGAAGAGGUGGCGCUGUCUCCCCCACUCACAUUGCUGUGUUCCAUCUGUCAGGUUCAGCGACCUUUUCUCGCUGGCGGAGGAGUACGAGGACUCGACAAAGACGCCAAAGAACCGGCGGAAAGGUCCCAUGACCAGCCCCCGCAGCAGGAAGACCACAGCGCAGCCAACCAACAUGGAGGAGUCGUCCGCGUCCAGCAGCGCCUCGGAAGAGGAAGACGCAAAGCCAAAGCCCAGCAAACGGAAGAGGAAGGGCUCUGCGGCGGUGGGAUCGGACAGCGAUUGAUAGCCCCGCCCCCCCCCCACUCCGCCUUGGUGGAUUCUGACAGGACCUGCGGGUCAGAUGAUGAACUGUUCACAGCUGCGAUUGGCCAGUCGAUGCCCCUCCCCCCCCCCAGACUCCUUGAUGACAUCGUACACCUGGCGGCCAUUUUUCCUCUCCCCCGCAGACAGGACGACGCCCCAUCUGUGCGCAGGAGGCCGGCCAUUUAUAGAAAUCUUAUUUUCUUACUGGACUGUAUAUAAACUGCGUGUGGCGAGUCUCCGCCUCCUCUGUGUACAUUUUUUUUUUCUUUUUUUUUUUUUCUUCUUUUUUUUUAAAGAAAGUGAAAAUAUUUUAAAACACAAUAAAUGGUUUGUGAUACCCGA